AUGUUUAGACCAUUAUUUUGCAGUUUAUCAACAAUCAAGAAUAAUUUGGUAAACGUGGUGGUAACUGGUAAUUCACGAGGAAUAUCUGCUUUGAAACUUAAAUCCACUCUUUUGAAAAAUAAUUAUUAUUCAAAAUGUAAAAAUUUAGAAAUUUAUGAUUUAGAUAUCAAGACAGUUUCUUACAAUGAUGAUAUUGAAUUGAAAAUUAAAGUUUUUCAUGGUGUUAGUCGUAUAAUACAAUUUAUAGAACCAGAAGUUGUAAUUUAUUCUAAAAUUGAAAUUGAAGAAAGCAAAGUUGUUCACGGGAUAACACUUGCAGUAAACAAAUUCAAAAAUAUCACAAAAAUACAAUUACCUUUAGAUGAAAUCCAUUAUGCGGUAGAAAUUAUGACUGAUUUACCAUUUGAAUCAUUAAAAAAAAGUGUUGACGACACAACAAAUAUGAACAUCGAUGAUGGAAAGAAUCCUGCAAGCGACGCUGGAAAAAAAGAAAUUGGCGACGACAACAUUUGUAAAAAAUUAUCAUCAUGGAAUGGACCAUAUAAACCUUUAGUUAAUUACAUAUCCUUUUCUAUUUUAGAAAGUGUUGACGACACAACAAAUAUGAACAUCGAUGAUGGAAAGAAUCCUGCAAGCGACGCUGGAAAAAAAGAAAUUGGCGACGACAACAUUUGUAAAAAAUUAUCAUCAUGGAAUGGACCAUAUAAACCUUUAGUUAAUUACAUAUCCUUUUCUAUUUUAGAUAAUCUAAGAUUCCACAAGAGGAUAGAAACCUAA